AUGAAGUUCUUGGCUGUCGCAGCACUUGCGAGCCUGGCGCAUAUCGCAAGCGCUGUUGGCGUUGUUGGCACUGCCGAGGGCUUUGCCACAGGCGUCACUGGUGGUGGCAGCGCCACACCCCAGUACCCCAAGGACAUUAAGGAACUCACCGCGUGGCUGACUGAUGCUACCCCCCGUGUCAUCGUCCUCGACAAGACUUUCGACUACACGACUUCUGAGGGAACCGUCACCGGCACUGCCUGCGCAAACUGGGGAACUGGAGCUGCGUGCCAGCGUAUCUUGUUGGACACGUGCGAUGCAGGCAAGGUCAAGGAGACCGUUACCUACUACAAGGCUGCGAAGCAAGGUAUCAAGGUUGCCUCCAACAAGACACUUCUCGGUAUCGGAAACAAGGGUAUCAUCAAGGGCAAGGGCCUGUCCUUCGCCAGCAAGAACGUCAUCGUUCAGAACAUCCAAGUCAGCGACUUGAACCACAAGUAUGUGUGGGGUGGAGAUGCUCUCUCCUUCGCCGGAGCUGAUCUCAUCUGGAUCGACCACGUCACUACUGCCCGUCCCGGCCGCCAGCACUACGUCUUCGGCUUCACCCCCAGCACCCGCAUCACCCUCUCCAGCAACUUCAUCAACGGCCUCUCUGACUACUCCACCGGCUGCGACGGCUACCACUACUGGACCAUGGAGAUGGUCGGCACCGGCGACACCAUCACCAUGAAGAACAACUACAUCACCAAGACCGGCGGCCGCGGCCCCGCUCUCAGCGGUAAGACCCUCCUCCACGCCGUCAACAACGUCUGGGCCGACGUCAAGGGCCACGUCCUCGAGGGCGGCGACACCGGCGCCCGCGGCAUCUUCGAGGGCAACGUCUUCAAGGACGUGCGCACCGUCGUCGCCGACUACCAGGGCAAGCUGUUCGGCUCCCCCGACGCCUCCACCAACAACCAGUGCACCAACGCCUUCGGCCGCGCCUGCCAGGUCAACCUCUUCCAGGGCACCACCACCACCGGCAGCGUCUUGACCAGCAAGAAGGAUACCAGCUUCUUCAGCGAGUUCAAGGGCAAGACGAACGCGAGCGCGAAGCCGGCGUCGGAGAUCGUGACGAGGGUUCCUAACGGCGCGGGUAACGGAAAGCUGUCGGCGCUUGCCUCCAGGCACGUGUCGGCUAAGUUCAGGGUGUAA